AUGGCGGAUCCUUGGGAUACGGGAUGUAUCUACCAGGGCCGCGUCAUGAUGUUUCCGACUGGUUUGAGGCGCAUGUAUGAUCCGGCGAGUGUGAUAUGUUCAACCGUAUCAAAUGCUACCAGGGCCGGAGUGGGGUACGUCCGCACUACGGAGAAGGGAGGAGGAACUAAGAGAAAGGAGGAGGAGGGGGUGCUGAGGGGAAAGGGGGGGAAAGGGAAACCUGGAGUUGAGGGUAUCCAUGAUCUGCUCGAUGGCCAGAAAGGCGAGUCCAACCCCGUCCCGCUUGCCGACCAGCAGCCACGCGGACUGGGAUCUCAGUGUGAGACAGCCAGGUUUAUCUGCCUAGUCUAUAUGGCAGAUUAUAAUUUCUUCCUAGGCUGGAAAAGGAUUGUUGUGACUUUCCCCAAUAGGCAUCUUCCACGGUUUGAGAGAGCAUCAUCACCAUCAUCAUCUUCCUCUUCGGCUGCCGAGGCAGAAGAAUGA